AAACCUGUGAGGCGACAGAAACGUGCUCAAUGCAUCUUCCUCAGAGAGUUUGAAGAAGAGGAGGAGGCACAGUGAGGACCAGCCGAGCCCCCGAGACUUUUUUACUUUAUUUAUUCAUUAUUUAUUAUGUAUUUAUUUAAUAUGGGGCGCGUCAUCCUGCUGACUCUUGCCGUCAUGUCCGUGUUGUUGUGCCAGGGCUUCUGCUCAGGAGUGUUCGAGCUAAAGUUGCAGGAGUUUCUAAACAAGAAGGGCGUACAGGGGAACAGAAACUGCUGUAAGGGGAGCCUGACCUCGUCCUACCAGCAGCGGCAGCAGCAGCAGUGUGAAUGUAAAACCUUCUUCAGGGUCUGUCUCAAACACUAUCAACCCAACGCCUCUCCGGAGCCGCCUUGCACCUACGGCGGCGCCGUGACGCCCAUCCUCGGCUCCAACUCCUUCCAGGUCCCCGAGGCCAUCCCGGAGAGUUCCUUCACCAACCCCAUCAGAAUUAACUUUGGCUUCACGUGGCCGGGAACCUUCUCACUAAUCAUCGAGGCGUUACACGCAGACUCCAAAGACGACCUCUCCACAGAGAACCCAGAGCGCGUGAUCAGCACCAUGACCACUCAGAGACACCUGACGGUGGGAGAGGACUGGUCCCAGGACCUGCACGCCGCCGGCAGCACCGAGCUCAAGUACUCGUACCGGUUUGUGUGCGAUGAGCACUACUAUGGGGACGGAUGCUCGGUGUUCUGCCGGCCGAGGGACGACGCGUUCGGCCAUUUCACUUGUGGGGAACGCGGGGAGAUUGUGUGCGACGCCGGCUGGAAGGGACAGUACUGCACUGAACCGAUCUGUCUGCCAGGCUGUGAUGAAGAGCACGGCUUCUGCGAGAAACCGGGAGAGUGCAAGUGCCGAGUGGGAUUUAAAGGACGCUACUGUGAUGAGUGCAUCCGGUACCCGGGCUGCCUCCACGGAACCUGCCAGCAGCCGUGGCAGUGCAACUGUCAGGAGGGCUGGGGCGGACUCUUCUGCAACCAAGAUCUCAACUACUGCACCCACCACAAGCCCUGCCUGAAUGGAGCCACUUGUAGCAACACUGGUCAGGGCAGCUACACCUGUUCCUGCAGGCCUGGAUUCUCUGGGGCCAGCUGUGAGAUCAGGGUCAACGAAUGCGCUGGAAACCCCUGCCGUAACGGAGGAAGCUGCACUGAUUUGGAAAACACAUAUACCUGCACUUGCCCUCACGGUUUCUAUGGCAACAACUGCGAGCUGAGUGCCAUGACGUGUGCGGAUGGGCCCUGCUCUAACGGUGGCCGCUGUGCUGACAACCCUGAGGGAGGUUACUUCUGCCAGUGCCCGACCGGAUACGCGGGGUUCAACUGCGAGAAGAAGAUCGACCACUGCACAUCUGGCCCCUGCUCAAAUGGUGCACGCUGUGUGGAUCUCGUCAACUCUUACCUGUGUCAGUGUCCGGACGGUUUCACCGGCAUGAACUGCGACCACACCGGGGACGAGUGUUCGACGUACCCCUGCCAGAACGGUGGCACGUGUCAGGAGGGUCUCGAUGGGUACACCUGCACCUGCCCGCCGGGAUACACCGGCCGCAACUGUAGCUCACCCAUCAGCCGCUGCGAACACAACCCGUGCCACAACGGAGCCACCUGCCAUGAACGAAACAACCGCUAUGUCUGUGCGUGUGUUCCUGGCUACGGUGGGCGGAACUGCCAGUUCCUGCUUCCAGAGCAUGCGGCCAUCCGCGGCUCAGAAGUGCCCUGGAUGGCUGUUGGUUCCGGUGUGGCCCUGGUGCUGCUCCUGCUAGCCGGGUGUGCUGUACUCGUUGGAUUUUUCCGAUCAAAGGUCCAGCGUGGCGGACAAAUGGAGACCAUCGUAGAGGGAGAGACAAUAAAUAACCUCACCAACAACUGCCACCGCAGUGACAGGGACCUGGCCGUCAGCGUGCUGCCGACGCCGGGCGUCAAAAAUAUUAACAAGAAGAUGGACUUCUGCAGCAGUGAUCCAGAUGAAGGAUCUUCACCGGGGAGAAGCAGCUACAAGAGCCGCCAACCACCCGCAGACUACAACCUCGUACAUGAGGUCAACUACGAGCAGGCGGCGAAGGAGGCCAUGCUUGAGCCAGCCUGUGAGGACAAGUGCCAAUCCCUGGACUCUUUUGAGUUUGAGGAGAAGCGCAGCAAACGUUUAAAAUGCGAUGCAUCAGAAAAGAAAGCCCCAGAAAUGUCUGCAUGUGCGGACACCAAGUACAAAUCUGUGUUUGUGAUGUCAGAGGAGAAGGACGAAUGUAUAAUUGCAACUGAGGUGUAACGAGCCAUUGAUGGGCUGCCCGUUGCUCAUUUGCUCUAUGGGAGAGUUUUUAAACUCCUUCAGAUGCUGCUCUAACCCUAGGGGGAGGUGUCCCACCUUGAGACUGCUGCUGAUACUGAGACGUUUAACUGAUAUUCAGAGUGAGCUGGUUCUCUACUGGAAACUAAGUGCAGGAAGCAGCGGCCUGUGGGAUAAGAACUGGCCGGGGCUGAAAAAGAAUUGAAGAGUUUACGGGUUAAAGUAAACUGCCACUUAGCUUUCUGUCGUGCUUUUUGUCGGGGGAGUGGGGGUCAAUUAAAAAAAAAAUAUGAAUGGACGUGUGGUCAUGUGACGGAAACAUGUGACACUAUGAUUAUUUGCCUUUGCAACAUUUGCACCCAGGCCUUUUCUCUAACCCACACGCCGUUGCCGAGCGCAGGAACUGCAUCAAAUGGUGGAUGUUUGGCCAUAGUGGCCUGUUCUUCAUGAGGCUGUUUCACAUGGGCUGUGCACCCAUCACCACACCUGUGAAGACUCUAUGUAUUCUCGAUCACUGUGUAAACUGAAGUGCGUUUUUUUCCCCCCACCCCCACAAAGCCCUCCAAACCAUUUAUGACAUAGUAUUGUUCUUCUUUUUUUUUUGUUUCUAUUUUGGGACAUCAAAUAUUUUGUCUUAAUAAAAAAAAAAAGAAAGAGUCGCUUUUUGAUACAAAUUGUCAUUUUGUAAAAUACAGAAAGAAAGAAAAAGAAAGAAAAAAGUUUUAAGAUUAUGAUUUAAUUUAAGUUAAUUUAAGGAUUUUUGUGUUAUUUUUAUUUUGUAUUAUUGUAUAUUUGUGAUGUUUGUUAUGAUUAUUUAAGUUACUUUUUUAAUGAUGUUAUUUGCAAAGGCACUUCAGGUCAAUGGGACUUUUUUGUUUUGUUUUUGUUUUUUUUUUAUAAAGAAAAUGUUAUUUAAGAGGGAUUGUACUGUACAAAUUGCUAUGUUACUGUCUCCUUUACCAUUUUUGAAUGAAGGAAUUAGCCAAGACUAUUUUUCCAAAUAAAUAUUGCUAAACAUGAAA